AUGCGCGGGGGCUGCGCGGCCGCGGUGGCUGUGCCCUGGCUGGCCCUGCUGGCCUUGGCCCGGCAGCCCCCCGAGAAGCCGUCGGCCACCCCCCAUCUUACCCGCCGGCCCUUCCUGGUGGCCUGGAAUGUGCCCACCCAGGACUGCAAGCCCCGCUUCCAGGUGUCCUUUGACUUCAGCAUCUUCGACCUGUACGCCUCCCCCAAUGAGGGCUUCGUGGGGCAAAACCUCACCAUCUUCUACAAGGAACGCCUGGGGCUGUACCCGUACUACACCCAUCAACGUGUGGCCGUCAAUGGUGGUGUUCCCCAAAACAGCAGCCUGUCCGAGCACCUCGCUCGCCUCCAGGAGGGCAUCAACAAGUACAUCCGCUCACCCAACAAAGAAGGGCUGGCCGUCAUCGACUGGGAGGAGUGGCGGCCUGUCUGGGCUCGCAACUGGAAGCCCAAGGAUAUCUACCGGGAGGCAUCACAGGAACUGGUGUUACAGCGUCAGCCCACCUGGCCUCCUGAAAAGGUGAACAAGCAGGCAGCAUUUGAGUUCGAGUCUGCUGCCCAGGAGUUCAUGGUGAGAACCCUGCGCAAGGCCAAGAGCUUCCGACCCAAACAGCUCUGGGGGUUCUACCUCUUCCCUGACUGCUACAACCAUGACUACAGCAAGAACAAGGAGAGCUACACCGGGCAGUGCCCAGAUGUGGAGAAGUCUCGCAAUGACCAGCUGAAGUGGCUCUGGAAUGAGAGCAUGGCGCUCUACCCCUCCAUCUACCUCGACCCACUCCUGGACUCCACUCCCAACAGCCGCAAGUUUGUGCGGGCGCGGGUGAUGGAGGCCAUGCGCAUCUCACAGAAGCACCACGACGAUUACUCCCUACCUGUCUUCGUCUACACCCGACCCACCUACAUCCGCAAGCUGAAUGUGCUCAGCCAGCCGGACCUGAUCUCCACCAUCGGAGAGAGCGCAGCACUGGGUGCAGCUGGGGCCAUUUUGUGGGGUGAUGCAGUUGACACCAAAAACCGGGAGUUGUGCCAGUUGAUGAAAAAUUACCUGGAGGGGGACCUGGGACGCUACAUUGUGAAUGUCACGACAGCAGCAGAGCUCUGCAGCACGACGCUGUGCCAGGGCCGGGGACGCUGCCUGCGCCAGGACAGCCAUGCUGAUGUCUUCCUCCACCUCAACUCUACCAACUUCCAGCUGCGGCGCCGGGAUGCUGACCACCCCGAGCGCCCCCUCUUCUGGGCCGAGGGCCAGCUCUCCUCUGCUGACAUACUCUUCUUACGGACCCACUUUCACUGCCACUGCUACCAGGGCUGGCAGGGCAGUGGCUGCCAGACACGCGCUGGCCCCCGCAGUGAUGCCCCUGGCCCUUUGGCACCACUGGGACUUGGGGUGCUAUUGCUGCUUGCAAGCUGGUGCUACCCGCCCCUGGACUGA